GGGCGCGCCAGUCCGCCGCACUCGCAGUCUCGCUGCCGUAGAGUCAAUAUCCACCGCGUCCCAAAACACAAAAACACACCAAAAUGUGCGACGACGAUGUUGCUGCGCUCGUAGUCGACAAUGGCUCCGGCAUGUGCAAGGCCGGUUUCGCCGGUGACGACGCGCCCCGCGCCGUCUUCCCGUCCAUCGUCGGUCGCCCGCGCCACCAGGGCGUGAUGGUCGGUAUGGGCCAGAAAGACUCCUACGUUGGUGACGAGGCCCAGAGCAAGAGAGGUAUCCUCACCCUGAAGUACCCCAUCGAGCACGGCAUCAUCACCAACUGGGAUGACAUGGAGAAGAUCUGGCACCACACCUUCUACAACGAGCUGCGUGUCGCCCCCGAGGAGCACCCCGUCCUGCUCACCGAGGCUCCCCUCAACCCCAAGGCCAACAGGGAAAAGAUGACCCAGAUCAUGUUUGAGACCUUCAACUCGCCCGCUAUGUACGUCGCCAUCCAGGCCGUGCUCUCCCUGUACGCCUCUGGUCGUACCACCGGUAUCGUGCUGGACUCCGGUGACGGUGUCUCCCACACCGUGCCCAUCUACGAAGGUUACGCUCUGCCCCACGCCAUCCUCCGUCUGGACUUGGCCGGCCGUGACUUGACCGACUACCUCAUGAAGAUCCUCACCGAGAGGGGUUACUCGUUCACCACCACCGCUGAGAGGGAAAUCGUUCGUGACAUCAAGGAGAAGCUGUGCUAUGUCGCUCUUGACUUCGAGCAGGAGAUGGCCACCGCCGCCGCCUCCACCUCCCUGGAGAAGUCCUACGAACUUCCCGACGGUCAGGUGAUCACCAUCGGUAACGAGAGGUUCCGUUGCCCUGAGGCCCUCUUCCAGCCUUCCUUCCUGGGUAUGGAAUCUUGCGGUAUCCACGAGACCGUAUACAACUCCAUCAUGAAGUGCGACGUCGACAUCCGUAAGGACCUGUACGCCAACACUGUCAUGUCCGGUGGUACCACCAUGUACCCCGGUAUCGCCGACAGGAUGCAGAAGGAGAUCACCGCCCUCGCGCCCUCCACCAUCAAGAUCAAGAUCAUCGCUCCCCCCGAAAGGAAGUACUCCGUAUGGAUCGGAGGAUCCAUCCUGGCUUCCCUGUCCACCUUCCAGCAGAUGUGGAUCUCCAAGGAGGAGUACGACGAGUCCGGCCCCGGCAUCGUCCACCGCAAGUGCUUCUAAGCGCGCGCGCGGCCUGAGGCCUCCCCGAGCGAGCAUUUGUACCAGUACGUUGUACGUAGUGAUACCUGAACUGAGAACAUCUAAACGUAACGCCAUCUAUCCUAAUGUAAUUUAUUGUAAAAUUUAUAUAAAUUUAAUUUUCUUUUUUUAUUUUUAUUAUAUACACGGGAUCGUUGUGGAUCUCAGCGCCAAAUGUAAUUAAUAAAUAAACGGUUAAUUUAUUUAUUUUAA